CCGCUGCCUCUUUCAUCUUCACAGAGGAGGCGGUGGCGGGAAAACCGGUCCCCUUCGAAGGGAAGUGGAUGACGCUCGAAUGUCAGUGGAGCCAGUCAGUACCUAGACGUCCAGCCAUCGUCCCCAUCGAAAAGUUGAGGGACCGCGUGGACCACGGGCAGAGGCUUGAUAUCUGGAUGUCAAUGGAUAUUAUAAAAGGAAACCUAGAUGGAAUUUCAAAACCAGCCUCAAGUUCAAGAUCACGUCCUGGGAGCCGAAGUUCAAACGGUUCUCUGGAGGUGCUCUCGCCAGAACCAGGGCCUGUCAAGAUUGACAUGGUGAACAAGCUGAAUUCUGGCAAAGAGGGCCGCACAUCGGACAGUAGAGUGGAAGAAAGAAGGAGGAGCAGUGAUGACGAGUGGGCGGACAACCCCAGGAGCACAGAACCAGCCCAAGAGAGCUCAGAUGAAGACUCGAACCUGAGCCAACCUCAGGGGACCCCUGAGCAUUCAGAUGAUCCCAAGUUAGAAGGGACGGAUGCUGUACUUCAAAAUGCCAUUCAUAAGAUGCACAGACUCGACAAGAUAUUGGCCAAAAGACGAAUUAGAGAAAAGGAAAUUAAAAAGCAAGGCCUAGAAAUGAGAAUUAAGCUGUGGGAAGAGCUCAAGUCUGCAAAAAACACUGAAGACUUGGAAAAUGACGAGGAGCUGGAAAACACUAAAAAGUUUUUGUACUUGACUUCCAAAUCUGCAGGGACAGCAGCUGUAGAGCCAUUGCACUGCAAAUUCGAAGAUGACCUUUUCUCAGUGUUUCAUACUCAGAUUCCUCAGGAAACUUACGAAAAUCACACGGAGAAGGACUUUACCUGUGAUGUGGAGAAAAAUGGGCCAUUGAUCAAAACAGAAAAGCAACCGUUUUCAAAUACAGAAGCAAUUGAGCCUAGGAGUGAACACAGCCAGGUUUUCAUUAUACGGAAUGCUGAACAUAGUCAGGAUUUUAUUAAGCGAAACAUUGAGUUGGCCAAGAGUUCAAGAAGCCCAGUGGUUAUGGUUGAAGGAGAGAAGAAACGUCUGGAUGAGCUCCUGAAAGGCUUAGAAGAUACAGACUCAGGACUGUCCAGUUCCGAGGGCGAUCAGUGUGGUUGGCUGGUCCCAGGAGAAGGCUAUACCCUUGCAGCCGCCGAGUCUCAGCAGCUUGCUGAGAUUGACAUAAAGCUCCAGGAGCUCUCCGUGGACUCUCCUGCCGUCUUCAGCCUUGAAAGGCAGAGCAACAAGGGUGAUAUGGAACAUGACUCCAAUGAAGAAAGAAAUACGGAACCAACUCCAGGGGAGAAGAUACUCCGGGACAACAAAGAGCAAAGGGACCGUGAGUCUCGGCUGAGAGCCAUCGAUGGGAAGCUGAAAGAGAUCAAUGAACAGGUUGAGGAAUGCCCAGUGAUAACUCCUGGUAAACGGAAUGAGCGGAUUACGUGGAGAUGGCUACUUGCUAAAAUCCUUGAGCCAGAGUGUGAAGUGUAACUAUUCUCUUUAUUUUUUUACAAUACAUCAUGGUUCUCAAAGUGUGCAUCUUCGCAAUGUAAAACUUAAUUGAUUUGGCAAAUCCCUAUUGUAUA